AUGUUCCACACCACCCUAACCAUUUUCAUUGUAAUCCUCGUCGUCGUGAACGGCGUCGACUCGCUGGGCGGCAAGCCGUUCCACGUCGCACAACGCGACAUGACCGGCAAGAAUUACGCGGUGCUCGCGCUUUGCGACGACUCCAACAAGGGACAUCAGAUCAACGUGACGCUGAGUUUGAGGAACGACGCCGGCGAGAGCCUCGAGACGAUCCACUUUCGGAACUCGAAGGAGCCGAUCGAGGUGAGUGGAAGCACGUCUGAUAUCAAACGGUUUUUCCAGAUCGAAGACCACUCGGCGCACAACAUCACCGAAGUGGUGCUGACCGCCGACGUGGCUCCGGUGCCGUACAACAUCCAGAAAGUGUCGGUGCGUAUUCGUGACAACCUCUUCAAAUUGCACGUCAACCAGGAAUGCGACGACGAGGAGGAGUUCAUCACCUCCGCCACCCAGCAGACCUUCUGGAGCCGACGCAUCGAUUGCGAGAGGUUCGUGGCUUCUACUUCUUCCUCUUCCAGAACAAAAAGGUUAUUUUUGAGAAAAGACGUCUACUGUGAUGACCGUCACGACGAGUUCAUCGGAUGCGAGUCCGUCUUCGUCUACCACUUGACUUGGAAGCGUGGCGCCACCGGAAGACUUUGA